AUGCUCAAGGGCAAGAGCAACCACGAAGAUGUCAGCGAUGACGACUUUGUUAGCGAACGGCAGAUUUUCCAAGGUCCAAACAAGACUAUCCUGACACUAGAAUCCAUUCACGUCGUUAAAGGGAUUGACAAGGAUGUAAAGAAGAGAAUAGAGGAGGGCAAGGUAUAUCUCAGCGAUAUAAGUCCUGUGAAAAACGCAGAAAUAGAAGAAGCCUUUUUGAAGAGCUUACGUGACAAUGCUUUGAAAAAUAACAUCAUAAGUAAAAAAAAAUAUUAUAGUGGCAAGUCCACUAAAGAUUUGAAUAUUAAAAUAGAAGAGAACUACACAUGCUUCAGCUUAGACCCUGCCCAGGCGCAUGGGGGAGGGCACACCGACACAGGCGACCAGGCUUGGCACAGUGGUGGUGGUAACACUUUGAAGAGCCCCAAUGAUAGUGAAGAAUUGGGCAGCGGAGCGGUGGGCAAGCGGCCAAAAGGGAAGCACAGGAUGCCCCAAAAGAAUAAGGCCAAAGGGGAAGAAGACGAAGAGGGAGAAGACAACGAUGACGACGAAGACGGGGAUGAGGUCGAUAACGAUGCCUCCAGCCAAGCGGAGGAGGCAAGUCAGCCACACUACGACCACAAUAACUCCUGUGAGCAGAAAAGUCAAAAAGCAAACUUGCUGGAAAAAUUCUCCUUCAACGAUUUCCCAGAGUUGCUCGAAAGGGAAACUAUCGAUUACAUAAAAAAAAAGGAGAGAAAGUUACAAAAAAAAAGAUUAAACGCGAAUUUGGAGGCCCUAAGGUUGCAGUACAUACCAAUCAAUAAUGAUAAGUUUAAAGAUAUUCCAAGAGAAAUUAAAGAAAAUAUUUUGGCCCUAUUCGCAUGUAUCAUAAUUAAACAUAUAGAAUCGUUUGACGAUAUACAAGUGCAAAAUCAUUUGGAGGAAUUGUCCAGAUCUUUCCUCAAACAGAUGUCAGAUUUGCUGGUUAUAGAUCCCCUAGCGUACAAAUGUAUCAUGAAGCCGCUAGAACAAAGAGAGUUAAUUAGGGAUAUCACGGGUGAUAAGAAAAUAUAUCAAUUGUACGAGAAACCAUUUGUCGAUAAUUUAUUGGUACAAAUACAGGACCUUCAAGCAGGCAUAGAUUUGAAGUUUAAAAAAGUGGUGGAAGAAUUGAACAAUGAAAUGGAUUUUUGGCAAAAUGAUCACAUGACUGAUGAUCACAAUAACGAUUUGUUUAGUGAUGUGGAGAGGGACAUACCAUACGGCGUUGAAAGGUGCUACAGCAACAGUAGCAACCUUCUCGACGAUGAUGAAGACGAUAAUGGAGACAGCAGGAGCGAUGCCAGAAAUUUGUCUUCUAUUCGGGGUAGUUUUGUCCAAAGAGAAAUUGAUGAAUCGUACAAUGGGAAUGCUAUCCAUGAUUACUUUUCCUUGGGAAAUAACAAAAAUGCCCUGGGCUGUAAUAAAAACGGGGGAGGUGACAAUUCAGCGGUACACAGCAUUUGCUCCCCUUCCCCGGUACCAUUAGGGGGAAGGGAUGAUGAAAGUUGUGUUGACACACAGAGUGGGAUGAAAAACAACAAAACGAAUCCCCCACAUAAUGAAAAGAGGGCCCCCUCGGAAUGUCACACGGGAGGCCAAAUGAUGCAGGAGCAGAGCACCAGCCUGUAUGAAGAACACAGGUGCAAGGCUCAUGCAGGAGUUGACUUGGAUAGUAAGGGUGACGCUGCGAAUGAUGAGUCUAGUAAAACUGCCCGUGGGGAUCCCAGCCAAGAUGAGCAGGAACACAACGUGGGCAAUGACCUCCCCAAAGGUUCAGGCGAAAGUGGCCACACUGAUGGCGCGAAGCAGUUCAAGAGUGAGAAAUGUCCUGGGGAGUCGGAGAAGACGAACGCCGCAGGAUCAUUACAGACGACCGUGGAGCAGUCUGAGAAAGGCAAAACUACCAAAGUUGUGUCUGACAAACCCGGCGCGGACCAAGCGAGCAAACCCAUCACCAAGGGCGCUAAGAACAUGCCCGCGCAGGAAACUGAGUCUGAUGCAAAAUAUCGCGAGAGUGUAGGUGCGAGCAUCCAAGCGAGGAUCAAAAGGAGUAUUAACCGCUUCGAGUCGUUCGAAGGGGAAAGCGACUAUGAAGAGAGCGACAUUGAGAAACACCUAAACCAUGGGGUGCCCACGAGAGGACCCGAAGUGAAGUCAGUGCUUCUCAGAGAUUUAAUCACUACCUACAUAAUGACAGGAAAUAAUAAUGCAAGAAUACAAUUAUAUUUCCAGAAGUUUGCGAGGUGCUUAAAAAUAAAUGAGUUAUUAAUUUUAAGGAUAGAAGAAAAUUUGGCGGCAGAUUUAAUAAGUGCUUUACAGGCAUCUACAAAUGAGACUUGCAAGAGGAAGAAUAUAAGGAGGAUAAAAAUAGCAGCUGCUGCAUUAGGUGGUGGAGCUUUGAUAGCCUUCACUGCAGGGUUAGCUGCUCCUGGUAUUAUAGCAGGUUUGACUGCGUUAGGUGCUGGGGGAAGUAGCCUUACAGCCUUCCUGGCAUCAGCUAGCGGUUUGGCUUUUAUUGUGUCCUUGUUCGGCGCAGGAGGAGCUGGAUUGACAGGGUAUAAGUACAGCAGAAGAAUAGCAAACAUAAGAACAUUUGAAUUUAUGAUGCUAAAUGGAACUCUCUCAAAAUCGCUAAGUGUAUGUGUAUGUGUUAGUGGGGAAAUACAAACAGAUGAAGAUAUAACCAACCCAUGGAUUGAUGUCUUCCCCAAUUGUUACUGUGAUUUGUAUGCAUUGAAAUGGGAAAACCAUUUGCUAAAAACAUUGGGUUCUUUGAUCGAAACAAUGUUGUCUCAAGAAUUUGCAAUAACGGCUAGUCGAAUAUGGCUGCAGUAUACCAUAGCCAGUACGCUCAGUGCUGCUUUGACGUGGCCAUUGGCACUAAUUAAAUAUGCCUCAAGCCUUGACAACGUUUAUUUACUCAUACGGGAGAGAGCGCAACAGGCAGGAAGAAUACUAGCAGAAGCUUUGAGUGACAGAAACACGGUUGGCCAAAGACCAGUUAUCCUUAUUGGGUACUCCGUUGGGGCUCGUGUUAUUUUUUACUGUUUAAAAUAUUUGCACGCAAAGAAGCUUUACAAUAUUGUUAGUAACGCUAUAUUUAUAGGCCUCCCCGCAACUACCAGCACAAGGGUGUGGGAGCAAAUUAGGAUGGUGGUGACCAACCGAGUGAUUAAUGUUUAUUCAAAGAAUGAUUGGCUCUUGGGGUUCCUCUACAGGUACAUGGAGUGGAAGUUGAGUGUCGCUGGCCUUAUCGCAGUCAAUGUGCCAAAUGUGGAAAAUUAUGACGCCAGCGGCAUUAUCCACAGCCACUUGGAUUAUAAGAGGAAGCUAAAAGACAUUUUUAAUUUGAUCAACUUUGACAUGUGA